CGCCCCUCAGUCGAACGGCGAACUCGCUAGCGGCCGCACGUCGCUUCGAAAAAAAAACAAAGUGACUCAUUGUCUAUGGUGUUCCAAAUUUGAAUUUUGACGUAGUGUUGUGCGGUGAUCGAUAUUAUCGGUUUUUGAUCGCUAAAUCACAAUAUAAGUAGAAACAAUCUUCAGUUAUUAUCUAAAAUAGUAAUAGCUAGUGAUGUGAAGUAAGUGUGUGUGUGUUAGUGAAUCUGUAUCAUGUGUGCGUGCGCGCACUAGUGUUGCCGCGUAUCACCUACACCAUGGGGCUGCAUAAGAGAGACAAGAAUGGUCUGCUCUCGUACGAGAACCCGAACUACCACUUGGACCCGUCGCGCCUCGAGUCGGCGCUGUACAGCGACCUCUACGAUAUGCACGACGACAAAAUGCCUGACGAGUAUGACGCGUAUCUCGACAAUAGGAGAGUUGAAGACGAUGCAGCUUCGCCCGUGACGAAAACAAAUGAAAAAAGCGGCCUCAUCACUCCCCCCCAAAAUGGUGGCGAGGAGUCCCCCCCUCCAGAGAAAGAGCGGGCGGACCAAGAGGACUCAGAGAAGAGGCACGCGCCCGUCCCGCACUCGGCGGAGGGGCCUAAUGACGAUCUGUACGCGAUCCCCGUCAAGUUGAGGGCGAAGAAAGAACCGCCUUUACCUCCGGGAUGGGAGAAACAUGAAGACAUGGACGGUCCCUACUACUGGCACAUAAAAAGCGGCACAAUCCAGCGAGAAAUACCAAAGAUGCUGCCUGCGGAAGCCAAGGAGUCUAGGAUCUCUAUGGUGCGGGACUGCUCGCUGUCCGAGGUGAACAAGUACGACGGGGUCAUGACCUCCUCCGUGACCAGAAGUACUACAAGCGGAGCAUUGGCGGACCAUAUGGACCAGGAGGCUGAGAGGAAACGGAAGGAGGAGAUGUCAUACAAACGGCGCAGCUUCCCCGCUCGUCCCGAGCCCGACAGCGCGCGCGCCGUCCGCUUCUUCGUACGAUCCCUGGGCUGGGUCGAGAUCUCCGAGGCAGAUCUGACCCCAGAACGAUCCAGCCGCGCCGUGAACAAGUGCAUCGUCGAUCUCAGUUUGGGCCGGAACGAUCUGCUCGACCAAGUCGGUCGCUGGGGUGAUGGUAAAGAUCUGUUCAUGGACCUGGACGAUGGGGCGCUGAAGCUCAUCGAUCCUGAGAGCCUGAACACUCUACACACACAACCUAUACAUACUAUACGCGUGUGGGGUGUCGGAAGGGACAACGGACGGGACUUCGCGUACGUGGCCCGCGACCGCGCGACGCGCCGCCACAUGUGUCACGUGUUCCGCUGCGAGGCGCCGGCGCGCAGCAUCGCCAACGCUCUGCGAGACAUCUGCAAGCGCAUCAUGAUCGAACGCUCCCUGCAGCCGCCGCCACGCCCCACCGACCUGCCCGCGGCACGGCGUCCCCGCCCGCUCUCCGGGGCCUCAUUCCCGACGCCCAUGGAGGAGCCGCGCAAGACCGUCCGCGCGCGCUACCUCGGCAGCGCGGAGGUGCCCCGCGCCACCGGCAUGGAUGUGCUCAAUGACGCACUGGAGCGCUUAGCGGCUGCUAGGGCGCCUUCGGCGUGGCGACCGGUCGCCGUGGCUGUUGCGCCGUCUAUGAUCACUAUUACUGAGGAAGGGGAAUCGAGCCCCAUAGUCGAAUGCCGCGUCCGCUACCUGUCGUUCCUCGGCAUCGGUCGUGACGUGCGGCGUUGCGCGUUCAUCGUACACACAGCUCAGGACAUGUUCGUGGCGCACUGCUUCCACGCUGAACCUUCGUCCGGGGCUCUGUGCAAGACCAUCGAGGCUGCCUGCAAGCUCCGCUAUCAAAAAUGUCUGGACGCCCACGGUGGAGCGCCACCACGUUCGCCUGGGGCAGGGUCGGGUGACUCCCGAGGGUCGCUCGGUCAGACCCUGAAGUCUAUCGUGGGCUCCGUCAUUGGCCGUCGGCCUUCUUGAACACAGGAGACGAAAAAGAUCGAGAUCGCUACUCCUCACGAGGCGGACGCAGGCGCAGCGUAGCUUGCGAAUACCGGGUGCAGUUGCUUGGGUUCAUGCUUUUAUAACUUCUAGUCAUAUUUCUGCCUUCUAUAACCCAUAUUUCUAACCUCAGGUGACGAAAUAUAAUUUGCACAGAUUCCCCAUACAAGCUGCUUGAAAGAUCGGUGCAAUAGUUAUUUACGAUACAAGUGCGGAAAAGAGGAAAUUUGAA